AUGUCUAUAGUAGUAGAAGAUAAAGAAGAUCAGUUAUGGAAUAACAUAGAACAACAUAAACCAAAUCAACCACCAAAAUAUCUUGGUUUCGUAGCUGGUAUGGCUAGUGGAAUUAUGAAAAAUUUAGUGGGACAUCCAUUCGAUACUGUAAAAGUACGAUUACAAACAGCACCGCAAGGACAAUUUUCAGGACCAGUAGAUUGUGUACUCAAAACUUUUAAACAUGAAGGUAUAUUUGGAUUUUUCAAGGGGAUGACACCACCUUUAAUUGGUUGGGUAUUGAUGGAUUCGGUAAUGCUUGGAAGUUUACAUGUAUAUCGUCGAUAUGUGAAAGAUUUACUAUAUCCUAAUGAGUCAAAACUUCCAUUAUUAGGUCACGUUAUAGCUGGGUUUGGAUCCGGUAUGACUGUGAGUUUUGUAGCUGCUCCCAUUGAACAAUUUAAAGCAAGAUUACAAGUUCAAUAUGAUUCAAAAACAAAAUUAUAUAACGGACCAAUUGAUGUAGCUACAAAAUUGUAUAAGAGCUCAGGUAUACGAGGUAUUUAUAGUGGUUUAUUUGCAACUAUAAUAUUCAGAACUAAUUUUAUAUUUUGGUGGGGGUCAUAUGAAUUAUUUACCCAAUAUUUUGAAAACAAGACUAAUUUAUCCAAACCUGCUAUUAAUUUUUGGAGUGGUGGAUUAUCUGCUACUGUGUUUUGGAUAUUUGCUUAUCCUGCAGAUGUUGUGAAACAAACAAUAAUGACUGAUUCGCCAAUGAGAUCACAACGUAAAUUUCCACAUUGGAUAGAUGCAGUUAAGUAUAUAUACAAUGAAAAAGGAUUGAGAGGAUUUACUAAAGGUUUUGGUCCAAGUAUACUUCGAUCAUUUCCAGCCAAUGCUGCUGCUUUGGCUGCUUUUGAGGCUGUUAUGAGAUAUUUACACUAG